GAUGUGGGUCUGUGUUUUUUUGUCAGUGUGUACACUGCUUGUGAAUUUAUUUAUGAGAAACCUUCUGAACUAAAUUAUAUUUCCACUAAAUAAUAUUUAAGGAAAACCGCACACUGUCGCCAUGGUCGCCACAAGCACAUUAAAGACCAAAAGCAGCGACUAUAUCUCAGAAUUGGUGGAGAGAAGAUAUGACUAUGCUUGCAUUGAUAAAGAACUGGACUUCUGGGAUCACUGCCUGGCUGAACCCCAGAGGACUGGAGAAGUCACUGAAGACAGAACCUGUCAACAGCUGGCCAAAAUGUUUGAAAACUGCCUGUCCCAAGCCAAGAAGACAACCCUGCACUGCUCCUCUGUGCUGGUACCAGAGAAGCUGACGCAGAGGAUAGCUGGAGAGGUGCUGCGGCUGGCGGCCUGCGAGCCCUGCGGCCUGCGGGGGUGCGUCCUAUACGUCCACCUGGACAUGGAAAAGGGCUGCAAGCGGCUGGAGCGAAUUGUGUACGAUGCCACCGUGGUGCCCACCUUUGAGCUGACUCUUGUGUUCAAGCAGGACGGCACUGCCUGGCCCAGCCUGCGGGACUUCCUGUUCAUGGGAACUUGCUUUGCCCCGACUUUCAGACGCAUACUCAAACUGAGUUCAGGCUUUCGGCUCGUCAAGAAAAAACUGUACUCCUCCUCGGCUGGCACCAUUGUAGAGGAGUGCUGAACUAUAUAUAUAUUGGGUUUCCUGUGGGUAAAGGCACUUCUGCCCAAAUGUAAAUGACACUCCAUUGGUGUCAUAUUUUCUAGUGGUUUUGUACAAUACACUAUAGUUGAUACACUUUAGAGCAAGACACUAGCCACUUUGUUGAAGGUCUGUGUGUUUCCAGAUACACUGAGUAUGUUCAGCAGCUGUAAACGCACCUGGGCACGAAGAAUAGGAGACCGAAGUUAAGUCUUUGGGGGCCAUACUGUAUGUAGGUUGUUGUGUAAUGCUGUAUUUAUGGCUGUGGAUGUUUUUAGGGCUGAUCGUCUUGUGAAGAUGCUGCUGUCAUGGUGUGGGCUUCUCACACUACGGUUAUGUGGAUGCCUUAAAUGUCAGAGAAAUGCACUUUUUUUUUUUCAUUUGUAGAUGUGUGUUUAGUGUAAACGUUUUAUUGAAUUUUUAUUUUUAUACCCCUUUAUGAAACAUUUCCUUUCAAUGCACCGCCUUUAUAGAUGAUUAAAGGGAUUGUUCACCCAAACGUGAAA